AUGGAUGGUGAGACGGAACGAAAGAUCGCAGCACUCAUUCUAGCUGAGGCCCAGCGGCUCAAGGCAAGAGCUGCUGAGGAGGGCGUCAGGGCGUAUCUGAAGCCUCAUGUUCGGUAUCGUCCUAAUUCGCAGUUUCUCCGAGCUACCGUGCAGAGUGUUGAGUAUGCCAACCGCGUGGCGGACGUGAACGAGAUGUGGAAGGAGCGAGAGCUGGAGCUGGCAGAAAGCCGGAGAGAGAGACGCGAAGAUUCGGCUGAGCGACCGACGACGUCCAGGGAUGCGAGGGGGGGAGGCAGCGUGGGGGAAGCACGGAGAACGCAAAGAAACCAGCAAUAUGGUUAUGAUUAUUUGGAGAGGCAAGGGCGUGAGCCUGUUGAGGAUCAUAAAAGAUACGGGGGAAGACAUGAAACAGAAGAGAGGCGCGCUGGACAGGAGAAGGAACAGAGGUUGGAUGGGACAGGCGAAUAUGAAGUUGGUAUUGGAGAUGGUCCGGUGCAGGGAAAUGGGCACAGGGAGAUACAAAGGGGAAAAGAGCACAAGAAGAGGCCCAGGCAGGAUGAUGGAGAGGGAGUGGGUAUGGGCAGCUGGAGUGAUGCAGAUGCGGAGCAGAAGGGCAUUGAUGACUCUGACCUUCUUACUUUCCUUAAGACUAAGGCCAAGAGAGGUAGAGGGGCCAUUGGCUCUCGUGCCGAUGCAUGGGGAUCGGAGCCGCCUUCACAACUUGCAGUCAUGCAGGGAGACGCAAAGGAGGGGAGUGGAGCAGUGGGCAUGCUGCUGGCGCGAGUGAGGGAGGAGUGGGAGGACAGCGUGUCUUAA